AUGCCACCAAAGGAGGACAAAAAGGAGAAACGAACCAAACCGUGUUGUAACUGUAAAAGAUCAAAGGUAAAAUGUGUUUAUACGAGUUCUUUACCUUGUGAAAGAUGUGUGAAGACAGGACAAGCUGCUACGUGUCAGUUUGUGCCAAAACUACCAUCGUUUAAACUACCGUCUAUAGAUUCGAAUAACCAUGCGACGAGACUACCAUCUACAACACCUGUGCUAAAUGCUCCAUCUACGUUCACACCAUCCCUAAAUAAUUCAGGUCCUUUGCCGUCACAUUUAAUAAAUUCAAAUCUACAUAAUCCUAUUCCUGCAUUAAUACCGACACAUAGUUCCAUGAAUACUCAAGUGUAUAAUAAUCUGGCACUGCCGCCAACCCUACAAAAUGCAUCUGAUACAGCUUGGAAAUCGCAAAUCGAACAUCGAUUAUCUGGUUUUGAUUCGAAAAUUGAUAAUUUAGUGGAGAUGUUAAAAGUCAACCAACAAUUUGUAAUGAAUAAUCAGAUGCAGUUUUUACAACAACAACAGCAGCAGCAGCAGCAGCAGCAACAGCAAUAUAGUAUUUCUGAAAGACAGGAGAAUUAUCCCUCGGGAUAUUUGACGAAUGGAAACAGUUCUCAACACGUUGAUACUCAUCGAACUGAAUUGAAUAGUAAAUUGAUUGGCGACUCAAACGAAUCUCAAAAACGAAAACCGGAAAUAUCAGAGACUAGACAUGAAAGUCCCAAAAAACGUAAAUUUCAAACAGAAUUCUCCCACGAUUUCCGUGAUGGGUUUUUAACCAAAAAAGAUGCCCACGAGUUAUUCCAUUUUUUUGAUGCCAAUAUUUCCCAACAACUAUUCGGAUUUGAAAUUUCAAAGUUUGAUGUGGAUGAAAUAUGGGAUAGUUGUCCCAUAUUAGUGUGUGCAAUAAGUACAAUUGCAUCGAUCCAUCAUCCUAAACUAUCAACCAAAUCAAAACAAUUACAAGUCUACCUCCAUAAUUUAUGUGGCUCAAUAAUACUCAACAAGCCUCGCAAUGAACAAGAUGGUUUCAAUACAAUUGUUGCCUUGAUUUUGUGCAGCUUUUGGUUGAGUGAUUCCCAAAUGUUUACUGGGCUCGCCUUGCAAUUAGCUAAAGAGUAUGGAUUAAACCAGCCAAACCAAAAAAAUAAAGAUAAAUUAAAGUUGUGGUAUUUGUUGUAUGUAUUGGAUGGACAACAAAGUUUGACUUUUAAUAGACAACCACUUUUGAACUCACAAGAGUAUUCAUUGAAACACAGUAAAGAAUUAUUAUUAGGAGAAAAGGGCAACAAGUUAUCUGACCUGAAAUCCAAAGCAUUGAUAAAAAACAAAAACAAAUCAAAUUCCAAACCAUUGACAGACGAGGAAAUAUCCAAAUUAAUGGCAAAACAAAGAUUAACGGAUAUGAGAUUAGUUUCACAAGUUGAAUAUAACCAAGCGAUUAAUGAAGCAUUUAAGGGAACGGCGUGGGAUUUAUUGGCACCGGCAUCAUUUGGAAUACCGUCUAAAUCAAAUUUGGAAUUAGAUCGAUGGAUGGUUUCUUGGACUGUGUUAUUAUCGCCAGAAAGUUUCGGAGCUAUUUGGUCUACAAAAUCAACAUUAAUUUAUUAUAAUUUUGCCAAAAUGCACAUAAACUCUAGUGCUGUGAGAAAGAUAACCCUUGAUCCUAACAAUGGUCAAUUUCCAAAAUUGGACACAUCUUUAAGUCAUAAUUCUACGAGUAAUUGUUCUAAUAAUACGUUGGCUGUUAAGAAGCAACAACCAAAUUACGAUUCAGAAGAUUCCUCAGAUGAUGAGUUUGAUGAAGACGAAUUUAUCUCAAACAAGGAGUUAGUAUCUCCAGAUGAAGCCGUUAUAAAUGCUAAUAUUGCAUUGAACGCGGCGCAGACGGUUUUGAAUUUAGUAAUCAAUGAUAAGGACAUUUUGGACAACUUAAAGUAUGUGCCUGUACAUAUACAUAUUAUGUUGUACUAUGCUUCAUUAUUAUUGAUAAAUCCUCCUAAAAGAUCCAACAACCAAACAGUACAGAUGAAUGACAUAGAUUACUAUGAUAACUUACUAAAUAAUUUGAAAGUUGUUCGAAUUUUGCAACGGAAAAUCUAUAUGAAUUUACCCAUUGAUUCUAGUUUUGGUAAUAGAUUAAUAAAGAAUCUACAAGAUGUGUUGGGUGAGAAACUACACGAGAUUCAAAUAUUUGUUGACGAAUUGCCCGAUGAUCAUGUGGAGAAGCAUCAAUUAAGGACAAAAGUCAAUGCAUUGUUUGAAUCGAGUGAAAAUAAAUUUGAAGAGAUUACAGAAUAUGAAGUUAGUAGUAGUGGUGCAAGCAGUAAGAGUACAACUCCACUACCUGAAAAAAUAUCGGCUUGGCCAGGGUCAAACCAUGGGCAUCCUUAA